UCGAUAUCCAGUUAGUUUCACAUCUGCUCCUUAUAAAAUCAUAAAAAAUGGCUUUAAUGUGGGAAGAUAAAGAAGUAAGUUUUGAUGUACCUUAUUCCGAAAUGCGCCUAAGGUUAGGCGAAAAAGUUAUCGACCGAAUUGAAAGCAUCGAAGACACCAAAGGGAAUGCUGGUGAUAGAGGAAGACUCAUUAUCACAAACCUUAGGUUGUUAUGGCACUCCAUGACAAGUCCUAGAGUAAACUUAUCUAUUGGACUAAACUGUCUUUUAUCUAUUAGUACAAGAAUCGUUAACUCGAAAAUUAAAGGUACCACUGAGGCCCUACAUUUACUCACACUUUCAAGUGGUACAAGAUAUGAAUUUAUUUUCACCAGUCUUAUACAAGGAAAUAGUAGAUUGUUUACCUCAGUUGUGGGAGUUCAUAAAGCUUAUAACUCUUCAAAACUCUACAGGGAACUUAAAUUGCGUGGUGGGGUGGUACACAACAAACAACUAAAGAUAUUACCUUUAGAGCAAGUUAUAUCCAGCGUGCAUGGUGUGUGGAACCUCUCUAGUGACCAGGGUAGCCUGGGCACUUUUAUUGUCAGCAAUGUUAGGUUCGUCUGGUUUGCGGAUAUUAAUGAGGGUUUUAACGUUUCCUUGCCUUAUCUACAAAUUGAUUCAAUUCGUAUUAGGGACUCAAAAUUUGGAAGAGCUUUGGUCGUCAAAAGUACGGAACGUAGUGGAAAUUUUGUAUUAGGGUUCAAAGUGGAUCCGGAGGAAAAAUUGACCACUCUGUAUAAGGAACUCACCUCUUUACAUACUGUUUAUUUGAAUAAUCCUCUGUAUGGUGUGGAGUAUAAGUGGAACUUAAAAAGUAAUGAUGUGGAGCAAAAAAGUGAUCUUUUAGAAGACUUAGAGGUUAUAGAAGAUCCUAAAAACGAAAUUGGCAAUACUUUAACGGCCUAUCUGGCAGACGAGGGACAUAAAAAGGACAGAAAACCAGUAUAUUGUAAGGAGCUGGGCUUAGCUAUUGAAUCAAUUAAAGAAGGAUACACUUUGAAGAAGUUAUGGGAAGUUAUACCCUCAAAUUAAUAGAAAUUAUUACUGCUAUUAAAAGAAGAUAUUUAUGGUUUCAAUAUACUCAAGAAAAUAAAAUUUG